CUACUUAUCUGUGGAGCCAUGGUCCCCUCCGCUGCCCGCUCUGGAUCACUCCGCUCCCUCUCCUUCUCAGUCGACACAGGUGGUCAUCCAUUGCAGCCGACAUCAUGACUUCCUACACUGACAAGGGAGAAAAGCACCAGAGAGGUCGCUUUGUGAGAUUUCAUCAUGUGACCUUCUGGGUGGGCAAUGCCAAACAGGCUGCCACCUACUACUGUGACAAGAUGGGCUUUGAGCCAAUGGCAUACAAAGGGCUGGAGACUGGCUGCCGAGAGGUGGUGUCCCAUGUCAUCAAGCAGGAUAAGAUAAUAUUUGCCUUUGAGUCUCCACUAAAUCCUGGGAAUGAGGUAAUGGGUGAGCACUUGAUGAAGCACGGUGAUGGGGUGAAAGACAUUGCCUUCCAGGUGGAGGACUGUGACUUCUUAGUUAAGACAGCUCAGGAGAGAGGCGGCAUUGUUGUAAAAGCACCAUGGGUGGAGCAGGACACUCACGGAAAAGUCAAAUACGCCAUUGUUCAAACGUAUGGAGACACAACACAUACAUUCAUUGAAUACCUGACUCCCUACAAAGGCCUCUUCCUGCCAGGCUACAAAGACCCCCUCUUCCGCGACCCUCUGCUCCCAAAAUUGCCACCGGGCGGCCUCGGUUUUAUUGAUCACAUCGUGGGAAACCAGCCAGAUGAUGCAAUGGUACCUGUAUCAGACUGGUACCAGAAGUGCCUAAUGUUUCACCGAUUCUGGUCCAUAGACGACAAGCAGAUCCACACGCAGUACAGCUCUCUCAGGUCCAUCGUGGUCACCAAUUAUGAAGAGACCAUCAAGAUGCCCAUCAACGAGCCUGCCCCUGGCAAAAAGAAGUCACAAAUUCAGGAGUAUGUGGACUACAACGGUGGCCCAGGGGUGCAACACAUCGCCUUGAACUCAUCCAACAUCAUACAAAGCAUCGUGAACCUGAGGGCUCGGGGCAUGGAGUUCCUGGCCGCGCCGGACACGUACUACGACAGCCUUCGGGAACAGCUGAAGACGGCGAAGAUCAAAGUCAAGGAGGACCUAAACACACUGCAGGAGUUGAAGAUCUUAGUGGAUUUUGAUGACAAGGGCUACCUGCUUCAGAUAUUCACCAAACCUGUGCAGGACAGACCCACUCUCUUCCUGGAGGUCAUCCAGAGACACAACCACUUUGGCUUUGGAGCAGGAAAUUUCAAAUCCCUGUUUGAGGCCAUUGAGAAAGAUCAGGACGCCCGAGGCAAUCUCACAGUCCUUACGCCACAGGGAGGCACCAAGAAGUUCUCCUGAACCACCUAAACUCUCUCUCUCUCACACACACACACACAAACGUACCGUACACACACAAUUCUCAUCAUACUCAAGUAUUUACCCCGCAGUACUGAGGGGAAAUUCAGGCAUUUACUCUUAAUAGUUUUCCUCCAUUCUGUGGAUAUGGCUUACAAAGGUCAAAUGCCUCUGCUAAAUUUUGUUGCUUGUGUAUGAAAUUUAAACAUGGCAUUCCUCUGCACAGUUGCUGAAGUGCAGUGCUAGCAAACACAAGAGGUCUUUAUUAAUAAAAACAGGGAAAAUUAUAUUUGCACAAUGUUUGCUUAGCUCCUACACUGAUUUUUUUUUUUUUUUUAAUUGAGCCUCGACCACAGGGUCUUCAUCAGGAAAGAAUAAUAUAAUUUCAAAAUAAAAGACGUUCAUGAUUAAUAAAACCACUGCUCCAUGUAACAUAAGUUCGGUUCAGGGGAAAAUGUGUCAUGGUUUACAUGUGGUUACAACUAAAGUGUCUGUGUUAAUGUUUUGUCUUGGAUAGUGAUACAGACUGCGGUUGACCUCUGAACGUGAUGAGACAAAAUGUUCAGAACAGUCUCCUCUCCACAGUGACAAAAACAAAGAUUGGCAUGGCCAUCACUGCUCUGGCAUAAGAUCAGACAAGUUGGCAACAUUAAUGAGUAACUUUUCAAAUGAACCUGGUGCCCAGUGCUGUCCGUAUGACAUUGAACCCCCCUACUUUUGCACAACUGUGAUUUUAGUUACUUUUAAACUUUUUGAAAAGGGGCAAAUUCAAUAAAAGACAACGCUCAAGUUAUUUCAAAAUAAUUUAUUUGCAUAUAAUUGGAAUGAAGCAAAGUUGAUACAUCUAUGAUGGCACCUGUAAGUUUCAUAAAGAUUUCAUUCCAAAGAUGAGGAAAACAUUGCGUUUUCUCAGACCUGGACAAAAUGGAUAAAUAUAUUAGUAAAUAAAUAUAUUAGUGACAUAUUACCAUACUGAAAUGUUCUAUUAUAUAUAAAAUACAACACUUUAUCUUAA